AUGAGCAAUUUAAGUGAGGUUAAGCCUUAUAAAUCUGGAUGGAGAGUUGCCGUGAAAGUUAUUCAUACAUGGGUUUCAUUCAGUCACCAGUAUGGUGCAUCUCUUGAGAUGGUCUUAGCUGACAAAAAUGGUAUCAAGAUCCAUGCCAUUUGCAAACAGUCUCUAAUGGAACGAUUUGAGAGGCAAUGUGGUGUGGAGAGUGGAAAUAUUAUUCAAUCUGCAAGGAAAGAAGUGUCCAAUUUGGUGUUUACUCUCCGUGAUAGCAAUGACCAUCGCCUACAGUGCUGCAUUUCUGGUAGAUUAGCUGAUCUACUUAACCAAGAGGGCAAACCAAAAAGUGGAGAUAUUUGUCUCAUUCGAUUUGCUAAAAUUGUCAAAUGCAAUGAUCAAUGGAGAAUUGUCAAUGCAUUUCAUUAUACUUUGGUGUUUAUAAACCCAGAUAUCAAGGAAGCAGAAUCACUUAAACAAAAGUUACAUGGUGAUGCAACAACUUUUGAAAAGAACCAAAACAUCUGUGCCAAGUUACAGAUCCAGGAAAAGCGCCAGAGAUGGUCCCAAAAUCCUUUCAUAACCAUUCAAGAGAUGAAACACUUUGAAAAGGGUGGAAAUUGCAGAGUGAUCUGUUCAGUUUAUGCUAUCGAUACCUUGAAUGGAUGGUGGUUUUGUGCUUGUGUGGUCUGUCAAAAUAAGGUAGUCAAAUCGCCUGUAUGUUUUGCUGAAUCAGAUGUCCAGAUGUGGUGGUGUGAGUUUUGUCAUAGUAAUGUUACCCAUGUGUAUCCAAGGUACAAGUUAGAUUGUCUGGUGCAGGAUCAGACAGGUGAAUCAAAAAUCACACUUCUAGACUCGGUUGCAACAUAUAUUGUGAAAAAAUCAGCAAAGAAAUUGGUUAAUGUUUUGUUUGAUGAGAUUGAAGUUCAAGAUAUGUUACCACCUGAGAUUGUGGACAUCGUUGGCAAAUCUUAUGGUUUUGGAAUUUCAAUUGAUGGAAACAAUUCUUCUGUACUGGUCACAUUCAAUGCAAUGAAAGUUUGGAGUUUGACUGAUGCUAUAUGGAAAAGAACCAAGUUUCUGCAUCAGAACUCUAUUGCUUCAAGGAAGAAGCAAUGCAAAGUGUUGAAAAUUGUGGAUGAGAGUGGCUGAUAUUAUUUUCGUAUUCUUAGAUGUUUUUUUUUUAGGUUUGCCUUAUUAUUUCUG